AUGAGGAAAGGAGAAAACGCUCAACUGCGUCUGGUGGACGGACAGGUGUCCGGGAGCAGUAUCCGUAGAGUGGCGAGAAUAUUAGGUCCUGAACAAGCUCGGGAAGCAGAGAGAUUAGAGAAUUUUAUGCAUCUUCUACAACUGGAUAAUGAGGUUUUGAUCCCAAACCAAGAAGCCAUUGAGUGUCUCAUCUGUUACACAGCGGUUCCUGCUGGAGAAGGGGUGCUGCUCCGAGAGUGUCUGCACAGCUUCUGCAGGGAAUGUUUACGGCAGGUGGUAAACUGUUGUGAAGAUCCUGAGGUAUCGUGCCCCUUCCGAGAUGACACAUACGCCUGCUACAGUAAGCUCCAGCAGAGAGAGAUACGCGCGCUGGUGACACAAGAGGAGUACAGCCGCUUCCUGGAGCGUGGACUGGUGGUGGCAGAAAGUCGAAGCCAAAACAGCUACCACUGCCGCACAGCCGACUGCAAAGGAUGGUGCAUCUACGAAGACUCUGUCAAUGAAUUUAGCUGCCCCAUCUGCCACGCUCAGAACUGUCUUAUAUGCAAAGCCAUACACGAUGGAAUGAACUGCAAAGAAUACCAAGAUGACCUGCGCAUUCGUGCUCUGAAUGAUGCAGCGGCCCGGCAGACCAAUGACAUGCUAAAGACGCUGGUGCAGACGGGCGAGGCAAUGUACUGCCCUGUGUGUAAGAUUAUUGUCCAGAAGAAAGACGGCUGCGACUGGAUCCGCUGUACCAUGUGCCAAACAGAGAUUUGCUGGGUGACAAAGGGUCCUCGGUGGGGGCCAUUGGGUCCUGGUGACACUACUGGAGGGUGUCAGUGUAACGUGAACGGAAAGAGGUGCGACCCCAGGUGUCAGAAUUGUCACUAAGCACAACAGUGGUGACUCCGCGUUUAGCUGAAGCAAAACAUCCGAGACUGAGAAACUGGAAAGUUACAUCUCAUAAGUAACUGACAGCUGAUCCUUCUCACCUUGUUCGUGUGACAUGAUGGGAACUUGUACCUCUGGGUUUUAUUCUGAAUCUCCAGCUUUGCGUGCACUGUCCAUUUUUUCUGUGUAUAAAGUCAAAUUAGCUUUAUUCAGGGACUUAGAGCAUUUCAAUGCUACUGCUUCACACAGGGUAUUUAGCAAUACCAAAAAGAGUUGCCCAGUCAUGGCCUAUUGCCACAGCUGACAUUAAGGUGACUUACUGCUUAUGCCCCGUUAUAUUACAUUUGUAUCAUGUUACUGACUUGGUUUUGUUUUUUCUUUUUGCCAUUAGAACGACCUACUUGCACUAACAUAAAGAACUUUUACUGAGAUGCCUGACAGCGCAACUGUAAUGGUUUAUGGUGUCUUGUUCUGCGUAUGUGCAGAAAAUAACAGUAGCUUUAGUUAUAGGUUGUUAAUAUGUCACAUGACCUUGGCUACCUGAGACCUGCAGCAUGCCUUUCUGGAAACCAAGGGGUUAAAUGUAAUUAAUGUUGCAUCUCUAAUAGCCAUAUAUUUUCAAGGCAGCCCAUUUUUAGUAACAGAAAGGGCUUUCAAUGCAAAAAAACAAGGAAUAGAAAAUGAUAACCCCUCCAGCCGUGAUAUGGAUCAAUAUGGCAACUUUUGUCAUGGUCUAGAAAGUAAAGUUAGAUUUGAAACAAAACAUUUGCUAAUUAUCUAAGUUUGGGGUUUAAAAACAUCUUUACUGUGUGAAGGAAAUGCAUAAUCUGCAACUUGGAAACUUGUCUGAAACCAUAAAACCAGCUAGUGCUCCACUCAAUAAUGUAAAUAUCAAUACAAGACGUGAUUGAAUUGGUCUUCUAUUCAGUACAUGAAACAAUAAGGAAAGGUAUCCUGUUUAAUCAUCAUUUUAUUUAUGUGAUUUAUUUAACUGAUAAUUACACAAUAGUAUUUAAAUAUCCUGAGAAUGUGCAGUCUUUCACCAAAAUAGAAAAAUAAUACUAAAUCUGUGACUGGUUUCUCAAAGAGGAUGGCAUUUUAGAAAAUAUUCAGAAAAAAGGCCAAGUUAAUUUGGGCUUCAAGUAAUGGUAAAUUUCAGACUUUAAGAAGGUGGCAACAAUAAAUCUAUUAGUUUGCAAUCAAAACUGCAUAAUUAUUAUUUUUUAGGAAAGUAUUUGAUAAUCAAAGAUUUGAAAUCUCACUCAGUAUCGUCCUUCACCCCCUUCAUUACCUUUUUCAGCUGGGCUGACGUUAGAGAGCAGUCCCACCACUCUACGUAGACUUUCUAUGCAAAGGACAAGGACAAAGGGCUGGAAUUCGAGUGCCGUAUGGCACACACAAUGAUUGUAUGUUUUUUGAAAUUGUCAUAAAAAAGUUCAUCCCAGUGGGCCGGCAUAAGAUCGUAAUAGAAGUAUUACUAUCGACAUGGAUUUAACCCUAUCACAGAUAAAUAAAUAAAAAGAUACAUGUAUACUUC